AUGAGGCCUGAUGGGCGUGGAGGACGGUUGGAGGAGUGUCUAGGCCUCAGUGGUGGAGUAACGACAAAGCAUAUCUUUGUCUUGAUCACAGCCAUGUACAGGUCCAAAGAAGAUCUUGGCCAGUUGCACAACCAGGAUGAUGAUUGCUACGUGGUGAUUGACUCGGAUUCUGAUGAUGAAUACUUCUACGAAGAAAAGAAAGCCGAGCUAGUGGAAAUAAGCAGUGACGAUGAGAUUCUGGAGACAUCUGAUGCUUACAUGAAUCUUACCAUCCUAGAACCGCCAAUAAUUAUUAGUGAUGAUGAUGAUGACAGUAAUGAUUUGGAGGUUCCCAUGCUAAUAGAAGGGGAUUUGUGUGACCGGGGCCGAAUUGCUUCAAGUGAAAAAGAGCUGGAUGAGUUUGCUGUCUCCCAGUGCAAUUCAUUGGAUGAUACUGGUGAGCAGGAUUUUGGUGGAAAUCUCCACCAACCACCAAAUGAUCCUGAGGCUAACCUUGAAAUUUCAAAUAGAAAGUUGCCAACUGAUGAAAAGUCUGUACCUGUGGUGAAGCAACCAAAGAAAAGGAAGGAAAAAACCAAAAAUAUAUGUGUGCCGCCUGCUGUUAAAGGACAAAAAAAUCGUAAGCCUUCAAAGAAGAAACCCAGUGUGGCAGAGAUUGAAAAAUGCAAGAGUGGGAAUGCUAUAUGCAAGGUACCUGGAUGUUUCUUGUAUGGCAUUGAAAACUCAAAACGAUAUUCUGGAAAGAAUUUCAAACAAAAUAAGGACGAACUGGUUCAGAAAAUCUACAGCCUGAUUAACAGCUCUGUCUUUGAUAAAAAGAUGCCAGAAAAAAUAGAUAUUGGCUGGAAUAAAAAGAUGCUGAGAACUGCUGGCGUAUGCGCCACUAGCGAGAUACGGUACCCAAAAAGGAAGCGCUAUGCCAGGAUCGAGAUUGCUCUGAAAGUCUGCGACUCUGCAGACCGACUGCGGGAUACCUUGAUCCAUGAAGUGUGCCAUGCAGCCUCCUGGCUGCUCGAUGGUAUCCGUGAUUCUCAUGGUGAUGCAUGGAAGUAUUAUGCCCGAAAAUCCAACAUGGUACACCCAGAGCUUCCCCUGGUCACCCGUUGCCAUAACUAUUCACUUAACUACAAGAUUCUUUAUGAAUGUACUCAGUGCAAAGCCAGGAUUGGCCGCUACACCAAAUCAUUGGACACCACCCGCUUUAUCUGUGCCAGAUGCAUGGGGUCUCUGGUCAUGCUGCCGUCAACUCGGAAAGAUGGGACCCCUAUUGUGCCCCAUGUGAGACCAUUUGCCAAAUAUGUGCAGCAGAAUUAUAGAAAAGUUAUGCGUCAGAUAGCCACAGUUGACCAUGGGGAUGUGAUGAGAAAGCUCAGUGAGAAUUAUAAACAAGAAAAGGGUUCUUAA